AUGCUGUUCAUAUCUAUCUACCUAUCUAUUUCAUGUUGUUUAUAUCUAUCUUCAUACCUAGUUCAUGUUGUUUAUAUCUAUCUAUCUAUCUAUCUAUCUAUCUAUCUAUCUAUCUAUCUAUCUUCAUAUUUAUUUCAUGUUAUUUAUAUCUUCAUACCUAUUUCAUGUUCUAUCUAUCUAUCUAUCUAUCUAUCUAUCUAUCUAUCUAUCUCUCAUAAACUGACCCUUCUUAUCAGAAACAUAAAAAUCUGCGAGAUGGCCAAGGUUUCCUCCCUGCCGUCCUGGAAAAUAUUUGCGAUGCACCUGAAGGAAUGCCAACCUGUUGAACAGACCAGUACGAUGAAGGGAAAGAUGUGGGCCCAUGAGUGUUGUGGACGACAGCAGCAAUUCGCUGUUGUCUGGCUCCAAGGUAAAGUCACUGAUGUUUCUUCAGAUGGUACUUCUCUGAGUUUAAAUGAUGGAACUGGAGAUGUCCAAGUCAUUCAUUGUAACAAACUACCUUCACAGUGUGUCCAGUUAAACAAAGAUCAAUAUGGAAUGGUGAUUGGAGAAUUGGUGAAGAACAAUCCAAUCCCCAUUGUCCGUGCAAUCAAACUCCAAGACUUGGCCAGUGUUCCUGGAGCAGAAGACCUUUGGAAACUGGAAGUUAUUGACCAGAAUUUGGCAUGUCUUCAGCAGAUGUCUGCUUGA